UUGGCUACGAAUUCUCCCAGUGAAAUGAGAGUUUACAACAAUUACAUAGACUAUAUCAUCAAAAUCGUAUAUACCAUUUUGCUACCCCUUCUGAUAGCAGUGAUAUUAGUUUCUGUAGAGGGAGUGUAUUUUAUAAUAUACCAGUCAGACGGAUGGACGGUGCAGCGACAGGUUGGAAAUACGUCAACAGGGAUGAACCAUUUGUUCGUCCUGUAUCCUACUGGGAGUUUAAGUGAAAGUUUUCUCUUCACUUUCAUUCUACCCUUUUAUAUGGUAUCCAUCGGUUUAUUUAGUUUCUUUGCUUGGCACACUUUCAAUACAGCCUUAAUGCGAUACAUUUCCUUCCGUCUGGAUGUGGUGAAAUACAGACUCGAAAAUAUGCUGGAUUACGUGGAUAUUUUACUGAAAAACUCACAACCUGCCGAAUCUGCUCCACAACUACCUGAGCUUUUGAAGGCUAUUCUCAUCAGUUGCGUUGAAGACAUUACUGAAGUUAGAUUUUUUACAAACGAAUACGAACUCGUUUCACGAAUAACUCUUUUCUUUGAAUCUUCGACGAUAAGUGGGUUACUCUGCAUGCAAUUGUAUAUUAUAUCCAAGGAUUUCUUCUCAGGAUAUGGAGUGUAUCAGUUUUGGUGUGUAGCUACUAUUGGAUUACUUUGGCUUUAUUACUGGCAUGCUGAUGAAAUAUCACAAAAGAGUAAUGAAAUAACCAAUGCCUUGUACUCCUUCAACUGGUAUGAAGCACCACUUCCCCUGCAGAAAGAUAUAGCCUUAUUCAUGGGUUCAUCAAUGAGACCAAUAAUUAUGAAAAGCGGCUUUAUUAAUAUGAAUGUGAAUACAUUUUUCACGAUACUGAAAACUUCAUAUAGUUAUUUCACGUUACUACAAAAUUUUGCGAAAUGAAUUGAAAAAGAGAAAAGUUAAAUAUCCAGUCUAUGAAGCUUUAGAUCGAAUGUUAUUGCACUUUUAAAGAGCUUGCACUCGCACAAAAAAAAAAGAAACAAAAUG